AAAGGAGCAGCUUGGGAUGCGAAGAAGCAAUGGGUGGAGACAUUCUUCUUAGCCACUCUCAUUCUCUGGCUCGCUUCCCUUUGUUUCCAGAUUUUCUUCAACAAACGUUGGGAGCUUCUCUCUGUUAUCGCGGGUUGUUUCUUCUAUCAGACAUCUAACUGCCUCAUCCGAUUCUUCUUCUCCACCCAUAAAGACCCUCUCUUCGUUAACACCUCUGUCUCUCUUCUCCACUCUCUCUUCACCUCCGCUUCAGUGAUCUUCAUCUUGUUCAGAGAGUUAUGUAAUGGGCCUAGUGGAAUGUUUGACCACUCAAAGUUGGUUGAAGAUGCUUGGCCAUGGGCAUUUGAAGCGUUGAGCUUUUCAUGUGGCUACUUUGCAUAUGAUCAGUGGGAUAUGCUUCGUUACCGCUUAUAUAAUGGUUGGAUCCCAUCUAUCCUUGUGCAUCAUCUGGUUCUCCUUAUUUGCUUCACUCUUGCUUUGUAUCGAAAUGUUACCAUCAACUACCUUAUUCUCACUCUUAUCUGUGAGCUGCAUUCCAUCUUUCUUCAUGUGAGAAAAGUCAGACGAAUGGCCGGUGUUCGGGAUGCAAAGAGCAUUCUUGUUAGGUUAGAGUGGUUUCUGAAUUGGGUCACCUUCUUUGUGGCAAGAUCUGCACCUCACAUUCUCAUCACAGCCAAGCUCAUCAAGGAUGCUCACAAAUUUGAAAAGGGUAUGGAGCUGCCACUGGCUCUGUGUGGCAUGGCUGGGAUGAAUUUGCUCAACAUUGGUCUUGGCAUUGAUCUCCUUAAAGCUUUUAAGAGAGAGAGGAAGUCCCAGCUGGGUAAUCUUCAUCACCACCGUGAAUGAAAAGAGAGAAAAGUCCAAUACUGUGUAAUCUUCACCAAAAGUGAAAAACGGAGGGAAAAUGAAACACAACAUGCAUGGAGAGUGAUUGUAUGUACGAAUAUGUUUGGUCUCUUAUUUUUUCAGAAUACAACACAAAUAGAUUAUUUGUAAUUUCCUCUUAACAAUUAAUUUUGAAGCAUCAAGCAUGUAUCCUGAUGAGUUUUUAUGUACCAACCUUUCCUUGGUUAUUCCAAACCAAGGUGUAAAAUGCUUUCCAACUCA